CGGAGAUGGCUCGGAGAUGGCCCGGAGAUGGCUCGGAGAUGGACCGGAGAUGGCCCGGAGAUGGACCGGAGAUGGACCGGAGAUGGCUCGGAGAUGGCUCGGAGAUGGACCGGAGAUGGCUCGGAGAUGGCUCGGAGAUGGCCCGAGAUCACCACGAGAUCACAGAGAUGA